CAGCAACCACGAUGUAUCAAAACGCUACACCGGCAACGAAAUAGCCUUGUUACUAAGUGCUAAACUGUUGCAGCCGCGUCUAAUCAGUAGUACGGAAGUGCUUGGUCUCGGUUGGAUUCGACGUUUUUGCGUUUCUACUAUCCCUUUGUCCAGCUUCGCGAGAAAGCCUUUGCAUUAAUGAAUUUGGAAUUGCUGGACCCGUUCGGGCGCCAGAUCCCGGAUCGCGUGGACUCCACCCUGUCCAUGGCGGAUCCCAGUUUUCAUUUUCGUCGGCACGAGCUGUUGGAAGCACACACGGUACCGCCGUCCAAAAAGGGCCGUGCGGUCCUCGUCGAUCCAGAAUGGCAAGCCGCUUACCACGUCGCCUUUAAUCGGCGCGGGACGUACCUCGCCGUGGGAUACGGCAGCGGAGCCGUCGGUGUGCACAACGUCCUCAGCCGAACCUUGAGUGCGCUCUAUCCCAACGACGACCUACCCGAAGUCGAACUUGACCUAGAAGAUACGAAGCGACUCGGCAGUAGUAAAAACAGCCAAAAGGCCAAGCACAAAAGCAAGAAUAUCAGCAAUGCUCAGGAAGCGUCGUCAAAGGCUACGACACGGCGCGGAGUAACGAGUGUUUCGUGGUCACGGCGUUCACGGUCCCUGUUGGUGGGCGCCGCGGGGGACGCCACUGUGCGACUUUGGGAUACCACCCAUCCGUACGGUUCUGAAGAAUGCGCCCACGCUAUUGCGGCACAGGUACAGGAUCACACCGGCGGUACCAACAGUACAAAUACGACGUCCAAUAACCAGACGAGUGCGACGCAUGUAUCCAGUCAAAACGGUGGCGACGACGAUGCCAGUACGGAAAAGAGAUUAAGCACAUCUCCGCACGGAAGAAAAGAACGUCAGAGCGGACUGGCGGAUGAUCUCCCGUCCGCUCAACAUGCAACCGAGCAAACCGCCGCCACGGCCUUUAACGAUGCCGACGAUCGCUACGUACUGGUUCAGAAUACCUUGGCGCUGGACAUUCUACCAGUCACAGAAAACAGAACCUUGCCGGAGCAGCGCUGGUUACCAGUAGACGCGAUCCCGACCUGGUCCUCCAAUUCGAGGCUGUGUAAGAGCCCGGCCGUCUCCUGGAGCUUCGACGUUCCCAUCGGAGGAUCGCUACAAGUACAUCCCCGCAUACGAACGUGUGGUCUCGCCGCUUUGACGGACGGAACCCUUGUCGUGUUCUGGAUGCCGGCAAACGUAUGGACACACGGAAAGGUCGUUGAUGACGACCGCGAGCCAUCCAAUGAUGAUCAAGAUGCGGUUCCUUUGUACGAACAAGCCAAGACUUUGAUCAUUCCAUUGUGGGACGAUACCGACGAACAUUUUAUUACGUGUGCAUCCUUUCAUCCACACCGCGAUCGGGUUUACGCGGCUACCAAGGAAGGCACCCUGUUGGGUUGGGAUAUCGAAAGCCUUUUGCAAACCUUACAAUCCUACACAGGCGUUCAAUCGGUUACGCUACCAAUGGUGUACCCUCGUUUUGCGAUCGAAAGCAACGUCAGCUCCGCAGCUGCCUGGUACUUGCUCGUCUCUCGCAACGGCAAACACAUUGUCGUCAAUUGCGCCAAUGGUUCUCUUCGUCUUUAUGCGACGAACGAAUGCUGGGAAACUCCUGACGCCGUGGACAAACCCCAUUGGGUUUUCCAAGACGUCGUCAACAAGGUCAAAUUUGCCUCGUGUGAUUUGAGUGGCGACGGCGAAUUCAUUGUUGGUGGGGCGAACGGGGACGACAACAAGUACGAAGUCUACGUUUGGAAUACGUCCACCGGAGCACUCAUGGACAAACUCACCGGAGCCGGGGUCUCCCUGUACGCGGUGGCCUGGCAUCCAGCACGGACAUUUUUGGCUGUGGCAACGUCGGACGGAUUGGUUGACAUGUGGGGGCCGCGGGUCAACUGGACAGCUUUUGCGCCCGACUUCCAAGCGCUGCCCAGCAAUGUCGAGUACGUGGAACGAGAAGACGAAUUUGAUGUUGAUACAAAUGGUAGGUUCCUGGCCGAUUUGGAUGCUAAGGAUCAAUUUGAUGAUGACGAAGCGUCAGAUGUGGAUGUUUUAACGGUGGCUCGCGUACCAGUCUUUGCGUCUGACUCGGAAGAAGAAUCGGAAGUCUUUACUUUUCCAACACGCGUCCGUAGUGGGAAGUGGCGCGUGGCGAAGGCAGCAACUGAUGAUUGAGUAUAAACAAUUACAAUGGUU